AUGGAAGGACUUGACAGGCGAAGACGACCCGCUGGGGGGGAGUGUGCGCAAGCAACCUGUCGCGUCGGCUGCUCAGUCACUCCACAUCCCGCCCCGACAUCGUUGCCAUCUAACUUUUUGCCCUCGUCCGCCCGCGGCGUCGUGCCGUCUGUCUCAUCGCGUCUUUCUAUCUUCUUCCUUUGCCUGUCGCCCUCCUGGCUAGCCAUCUCAGGAGCUGCGAGCGCCUCCCCGGGGGUCCUCGCUGACGCGCUGAGAGCGGAGAGCAAUUUUUUCCCCGAUUUUUCCAGCUUUUUGCAACCCCAUCGCAGAAAUGCAGUGAGCCUCGCGGACGUCUUCGCGCUGCCUGCGUGGAAUUUCGCUUCGCCCUUCAAAUCCGCAAACGAGGAAGAGAGCGCUGACGCUGACGGCGCGACAUACGCAGAGGGCGCGGGCGAUGUUCAGUCGGAUGAGGGAGCUCAAGUAAACACGCCCCAGACCCCGCUCAGCCAGACAGAGGAGGAAGAGGCAGCUGAGGCGCUGCACGAAUCGCCCACAGCGGCUGCAGCCUCUUCACCUACUUCCUCUUCUGCAGUAGCGUCGCAUCGUCCUCCAUACUCGGCGCCUUUCCCGCCCCUGGCGCCGGCGGGCUUGCCAUCUCCCCGCGACGAGGACGCGGCCUCCGCGCCUGCUGACGCGCCUUCUGCGGCCUCCUCGUCGCCCGCGGAGUCUCCGCACCCAUCGUCUUCUUCUGUCAGUCCCCCUGUUGGGUGUUCUCCGGACUCCGCAUCGCGUGCAUCGCCUCUCGGCUCGUCUACGUCGCAGUCGGCUGCUUCCGCGACGCCUCUGUCUGACGCCUUCUCCUCUUCCGCGUCUGCUGUGUCUCCUCCGCCGCCGGAGGACGCCGAGCGUGCGCUGGUGUCGCCGAUCGUGGAGGAUGGCGUUCUGAGCAUUUCAGUCAUUCUGGGGCACAAGGAGGACGACGGCGAGUGUCGGCUCCGGGAGAGCGAGCCGGUUUCGUCCCUGUUCAAGCGGGGCGACGCGGGCGGCAUUCUGCAGUCCCUCGUGGACGUCACGUCGGACUUCUCGAGGUGGCCUAUGGCUGUGGCGCUCCUUCGCCGCCUCUCCUCGCUCGCAGCGCCUCGCCAGCAGCUCCAGCAGCAGUCCCCAGGGUCGUCGCCCGUUCUGUCCUUUCCUUCGCGGCAUUCGUCUCCUUCGUUAUCGCCCUCGGGGGGAGGUGGGCCUACGGAUCGCGAGCCGAGGCUCGCACGGCUGCCGCGGCUUCACAAGCUCACCCGCGGCCCUGAGCAAGAGGUUGACGGGCGCGCCGCGGCGAGGGGCGGCAGGUGGAGAGAGCGAAAAGAUCAAGGGCGCAGCGAAGUCGAAGCUGAUGAAGCAGAAGACGACGACACCUCGCCGGAGGCGCGCAGCAGCUCGCCGCUUCUGCGGCCGCCCAGAAGCCCUGUAGAGCCCGCGCGGCCUUCCUCCCCCCCCGCAGCGUCUCCUCCGUCUCCUGCCGAUGUGCUUUCGGGCGACGCGCAGGCGACCGCAGAGAGCUCAACAAACCUGCGUCUGGCGCCCAUUGAUGCUGAGGCCACGGCGCGUCACGCGGGCCUUCAGACCGCGUCUCCGCCCAAACGCGCGCUGGGGCCGUCGACGGCGCAGCGGCUCUUGAAUCUCUUCGUGAAGUCGGAGCGAGGCAAUCUAGGGCUUGCGGUGUGUCAGGCGAUGACUGAGCCCGAGGGCGACUCGCGCGCCUUCUGCGCACUCCUCGACGUGAUGAAGCGCGAGGUGACUUGCAGGCAACGGCCGCCAAACUGCGCGGCGAUCGCUGCGGCGCUGCUGGCGUCGGGGGAUCAGACGACGAAUGCUGCUGCGAAUCUCGCCGCCUCGCCACUGUCUUCAGUGGGCAGCAGCCGCCUCUUCGUCGUGCCCGCUUUGCCGGCGCCGUCGCGCGAGCCGCGGAAUCUCGCGGCCGCCCUGCCGGCUGCUGCCUCGGCGCGUGAUCUCCCGCUCGUGCCCCUGAGGUCGCUGCAGGCUUUGACGCAGGCGCGCCGCGCUGCCGGCGCGCACCCAGCGUCUGCGGCGUCUGGGGCGGCGGAGGACGCGCUGCCGGAGGAGCUCGUCGCGCUGGAAGGACCGACUUACGUGCUGCUGUGGGAGGGCCUGCGGCGUCUGUACGACUACUUUGACUUUCGUGUCUGCGAGACCGAGAUCCUCGCGGCGCGCUCGGCCGCAGCGCCGCAUGCACCGCCCGCGUCCUCGCCGGCGCCGCCCGAAUUCCUGCCAGGCUGGACAACGGAGAUGAUUCUGAACGCCGUCCAACCUGGCACGACGCCGCGGAGUCCGCUGUGCGUGAUUGUGCGGAGAGAGAAGACGGUGUUGAUUCUGAUUCGCGGCACGCAGACGCAGUUCGAGUGGGCGUUGAACGCGCAGUACGAGUUGACCUUCGGGUGGAUGGACGCGUGGGACGGCAAGGUGGAGGCGGGCUUCUCGCGCGUCUUCGCUGCGAUGUCGCCCGCGAUCCAGGUGUAUCUCGGUCAGCUGAAGCAGCGCGGAGAGCUCGAGCGCAUCCUCGUCUCGGGACACUCGCUCGGCGCGGCCGUCGGCUGCCUUCUAUCCUACUCGCUCGCGGCCUCGUUUUCGAACGUCGACGCCGUCCUCUUUGCUCCCCCGCGCGCCGGCGACGAGCCCUUCAUGCAGGCGUGGAGCCGACGCGUCAACGGGCGCGCGGUCAGGUUCGCGUUGGACGCCGUCACUCAGGUGCCUUGCAAGUCGAUGCCCCUCUGCGGCGACGACGCAGAGGCCCGCGCCCGAAAGGCCCCCGCGACCACCGCCGCCCCACCGGCGUCCGCGGCCUUCACCCCCGGGGCCCAAGGCCCGGCUCCACAGACCCCGCCGCCCCUCCACCGCGGCAACGAGGCUUCCGACGGCCGAGCCCAGGGGCGGGGGGGGCCUGGCGCCUCGGACUCCGCCUCGGCGACGCCCAAGGGCCGCGAAUGGGUCGGCGACUCCCUCGUGCCUCUCUUUGGGCUCUUCCGGGACCGCAGCGCGGACGGCAGCUCGCGGCGCGAGGGGCCCCCCUCGAACGCGCUCCGGUACGCAGACUACCCGCACGCGGUGGUAUUCGCGGCGCGCGACCUGCCGAAUCCGCAGGCGCAGAAUCCGCUUCACGUCAAGUACAAUCACUUCUGCGCGUACUCCUGCUGGCUGAACUCGAAAUUCAACCCAGCGAAUCCGCACACGCAAUGCAACAAGGAGCCGAGCCUCGCCAGCCUGUCCAACGGCGCCCUGGAGGACCCCGCCCUCUGCCCCGCCGUCGCCUGA